UGUGUAGCAUUGCGCAUGCGCGUUCAAACCGUGGGGAAAAAUGGCGGCACUGUUGCUGCAAGAGUUGGAUAGUUCCGAGCUAUCAAAGCUAUCAAAAGGGACUCUCAACAAACUGGAUAAGCUUCUCUCAGACCAACAAUACGAAAUCAACACAUUGAAAGCUCAACGGGAGCAAUUCAAGGUUGACAACGAGCAACAUUUCUUUGAAAAGGUGAAACAGCUUGAUCAGUGUCAGGAGGAUUUUUUAAACCAGACUCAAGAGCACAGGAGACUUAAAGAAGAGUUGGCCAAAAUCGGGGAUGAACUCAAAAGUGUUACGGAGAAAAACCAGGAAUAUGAAAACGCUCGGGAGAAGUUUUCAUCAGAACAGGCUACCAUGUCAAAAGCCAUAGAAGAACUGGAAAAACAAAAACUCGAACUCGUGCGGACACUUGAGAGGAGAGCCCAGGAAGUGGAGCAUUUAAAUGAUGACUUGAGGCAGCUGAAUGAUAAGUUGGUGGAGGUCAGUGCCUUCAAAAUGUCUCUGCAGCUGAGAGUAGAUGAGCUUGAGGCAGCUGAAGUCAACAUCAAAUACAAAGAGAAACGUAUGGAACAAGAGAAAGAGCUGCUGAAUGGACAAACCUCUUGGCUGAACAAGGAGUUGAAGGCCAAAAGUGAAGAACUCUUGAACCUGUCCCGACAGAAGGGUAAUGAGAUUCUGGAGCUGAAAUGCAGCCUGGAGAACAAAAAGGAUGAGUUAAACAGAGUCCAGGAACAAGUGGCCAGUUUUAAGACAUUAAAUGAAAACCAUCAAAAACACAAUGAGGACCUGAUCCAGAAACUAAAAGAAGCCAAGGAGCAGCAAUCCAGCAUGGAAGAAAAAUUCCGAAAUGAGCUGAAUGCCAACAUUAAACUUUCCAAUUUAUACAAGGGAGCGGCAGCUGAUUCUGAGGCGAAAAGUGAAGAGCUCAGCCAAGCAGUGGACGAGUUGCAUAAACUGCUGCAAGAUGCAGGGAUAGCCAACAAAGCUCUUGAAGAGGAUUUGAAAUCAACCAAAGCUGAUUCAGACAAGACCUUUGGAGAGCUAAAGAAGCGCAUCCAAGUGCUUGAGAAGGAAUUAGACAAUGCCAAUGAUCUCCUUUCUAACUCUAAACUUAGAGCUGGUACAUCAUCUGUGCUCACAGAGGAGCAAAUGACAACAGUGUCUCCUACAGCAACUGCCGUGGCAAAAAUCAAACCUGGAAUGAAGCUGACCGAGUUGUAUAGUGCAUAUGUCGAGAGCCAGGAGCAGCUGCAGUUGGAGCGCCUGGAGAAUAAGCGGGUCAACAAGUAUCUGGAUGACAUUGUGCAAGAGGUGGAGGCAAAGGCCCCCAUUUUAAAAAGGCAGAGGGACGAGCACGAGCGCAUGCAGAAAUCGGUGGCGAGUCUUUCAGCCAAGCUGGAACAGGCUGUAAAGGAGGUGCACCGCCUGCAGAAUGAAGCAGAUGAAGCCAACAAGCGCUCCACUGUCUUAGAAAGGGACAAUCGAAGGUGUGACCUCCAGCUUGCAGACCUGGCGCAGCAGGUUCGUGUGCUCCUUAUUGAGCUCGAGGAGGCCCGGGGAAACCAUGUGGUUCUUGAUGAGGAGUUGAGCUCAGUGGAUGUCAGCAGCACCUCAGAAGUGAUCAGUCAACACCUGGUGACUUUCCGAAGUGUGGAUGAGUUACAGAAGCAGAAUCAGCGUUUACUGGUGGCCCUCAGGGAUCUCAGUGAGGCCCAAGAGAAAGAAGAGUUGGAAGACUCUGGCAAUAAGCGCAUUGAAGUGGAGAAGAGUUUGGAGAACACGCUGGUUGAGGUGGAGUCUCUGAGGGAGCAACGCAGCAACUCAGACUUAAAUUUUAACAUACACAUUAAGUCAAUAAGAUCAGCAGCUUUUACCACCUGCAAAGCAUUGCCAAAAUCAGAGGAAUAA